AUGUGGGCGCGUGAACGUUGCAACGACUUUUUCAUAGAGCGCUCAAAGAACCGAAACCUAACGGACUGCCCCAACGGACCAUUGGAGCUGCGACGCGCAUUCCAUAGACACCCUUACAGAGGUGCUCAGAAGUGCGACGCUUGCAAGAAGGCCAGCCGGAAAGACUCCAAGCUCGUUCAGUCGGCCCGGCAGAAGGCCAAUGUGGCGCUUGGUGAACGACCAGAAUAUGUAGGAGCGCUGUUCCUGGGAGAGCUGGAGAUCCCGGACGAGUUCCACGAGGCGAACCAACUUCGACGCGGCGAAGUGGAUGCGAUGAGGUCGAGCUGGGAAAGCUUCAGUUUGGCCAACGGGCAUCUGCCAUCGCACGAGUUGGAACGGGAAUGGGCGACCCGAUUCUCUGCAUUCAACGUUGGUCUGAACGCCGGAGUACGGACCCAGUCAUCGAAGCUUGCUCCCACCUUCGGACAGCGGAUGAGUGGAGAAGAUGAUAAUCGAGGCAUGACGGCUGCUGCGGACGAAACCUCUCGAAGCCUGCGUCAGGAAACCAGUACAACCGUCGAUGAAGCAGCCUCUCAAGACACGCACAACCAAGACUUUUACAAAAUCAGCUCAUGGACCAACAACAGCACCUACACCACUGCUGAGGAAAGCGGAGCUCCUCAAGAGCCCCACCGCGAAGUCCAUGACAACUCCAAUGACUCCAAUUCAGCCACGGGCUCCUCGUCAUCUCAAUCGACACGAGCAAGACCAUGGGAUCUAUGA